AUACAUUUGAAUUUCAUUGUCCAACUCCAACCACAUAAAACUAGACCAGCUCACAAAAUGCUACGUGAAUUGUUAUCUUGGUUUGGCUUCUCUACACUUUUACCAUUCUCUAGCUUUAGAUAUCUAUUCAUUAUACACAGCCAAUCCAAAAUCACACAUGGCAAUUUCUCAUUGGAUAAAAUAGAUAUUGAAUCAUAUUUUAUGAGAUGCUUCAUCUGUUGGUAGGGUUUCCAAAACAAACCGUUACAAAUCCAUAAGUGAUAUGAAAAGCAGCAUGUGGACAAAAUGGAUGCAGCAAACCAAUAGAAAUUGAGUAAUAGAUCUCCCAAAGAUAACAACACCCAUUCACUUACAAACCUUUUUCACCGCUUCAUUGAUUCUACACCAUAGCAAUGGCCGCUUCCACCAUGGCUCUCUCUUCUCCAUCACUGGCUGCUCAAGCCAUACAGCUGUCCCCUUCCACCCCAGAGAGAUUCGGUGGAAGGAUUUCAAUGAGGAAGACGACCUCCAAGUCGGUUUCUUCUAGAAGCCCAUGGUACGACUCAGACAUAAAGUACUUGGGUCCAUUCUCCGACGAGGCCCCUUCAUACCUAAUAAGAGAAUUCCCAGGUGACUAUGGGUGGGACACCGCCGAACUUUCUACUGACCCAAAGACAUUUGCAAAAAAUCGUGAAUUGGAAGUGAACCACUCUCGAUGGGCGAUGUUGGGGGCAUUGGGAGAAGAACCUGGAGACGAACCUGGAGAAGAACCUGGAGAAGAACCUGAAGAAGAACCUGGAGUAAAACCUGGAGAAGAACCUGGAGAAGAACCUGGAGUAAAACCUGGAGAAGAACCUGGAGACGAACCGGGAGAAGAACCUGGAGAAGAACCUGAAGAAGAACCUGGAGUAAAACCUGGAGAAGAACCUGGAGAUGAACCUGGAGAAGAAUCUGGAGAAGAACCUGGAGUAAAACCUGGAGAAGAACCUGGAGACGAACCUGGAGAAGAACCUGGAGAAGAACCUGAAGAAGAAGCUGGAGUAAAACCUGGAGAAGAACCUAGAGACGAACUUGGAGAAGAACCUAGAGAAGAACCUAGAGACGAACCUGGAGAAGAACCUGGAGAAGACACUUUAAGUCCAUGAUGUUCCUUAGGGGGUGAGUGUUAGUGACUAUAUAAUGGACUCUAAGUCCAUGAUGUUCCUUACCCUAAGUUAAAGACACUUUAAACUUGUAUUUGACUCUUUUUAUUCUUAUUUCUUAUACUCUUGUAAUAAGAGCGUUGUGAGGUUUGAGUUAAAUUAUUGCUUUGAAGAGUGUGGGUGUACUUAGGACCAAAAGGUUGAGAGUGUUUUCUGUGUGUUGUUAAAAUUUGCACAUAUUGAUUAUUCUCUGGUGGUUGUGGUUUUUCUUUGA